CGAACCCCCAAGCACCCUGGUGUCGAGCAUGACGUCAUGUCAAGGUGGUUAGCACGAGUACCACCAAGUGUGAAGCCUUCACUCACCAAACAAGACACCUCCAUGGCACAAGGGGUUAGCUAUCAAGUGGCAAGCACGCAAGACAGUCAAUGCAUCAAGCAAGCUACAUCAAACACCAAGCAGUGGAGCAGCGGUUACCAAGAGGCGGUUGCACGACGGUUACAAGGGAUGACUAUAAAUAGGAGAAACGAAGACGAAGCAAGGGUUCCACAACCAACCAUUUGACACACUAUGUC